AGUUCAGAGAGAGCUGUUUCUGACAGAUGACCUUACUUGUUUCAGUUUGUUUGUAGUUACUGAAGGAGAGAACAGAACCCUGUGCAUAUUAAAAAGGCUAUUACAGGAAGAAAAUGAAACUCUCGUUACUGUUCCUGCUUGUCUGUAUAUGUGAAGGGAUUGAUGGCAGAAAAGAUCAUCCAAUUGUUACUACUAAGUAUGGGCAAAUAAAAGGAAAACGUCUUGAAGUGAGGGGGAUAGAAAACGACAUCUAUGCCUAUCUAAGCAUUCCCUUUGCAAAGCCUCCUGUAGGACCACUGAGGUUUUCUCCACCUCAGCAGCCUGAACCCUGGAAUGGAGUCAGAGAUGCCUCUAACUCCCAUCCACCAAUGUGUAUACAAGACAAGAAUAAUUUAGGGGCCCUAUUUAAGCAAAUUAAAAUAGCCAUGCCCCCUUUGGGGCUGGCUGAAGACUGCCUGUACUUAAAUGUGUAUAGUCCAGUGGCGCCAUCUGAGACUGCCAGCUUACCAGUAAUGGUAUUCAUUCAUGGAGGAGCUUUAAUGGCUGGUGGAGCAUUCCUGACAGAUGGAUCACCCCUUGCAGCAUAUGGAAAUGUCGUGAUAGUAAUAAUCCAAUACAGGCUUGGCAUCCUGGGAUUUUUUAGCACUGGUGAUGAACAUGCUCGUGGAAACUGGGGUUUCCUUGAUCAAGUUGCCGCUCUACAGUGGGUGCAAGAGAACAUCAGGAGCUUUGGUGGUGAUCCAGAAUCUGUUACCAUUUUUGGGGAGUCAGCAGGAGGAUUCAGUGUUUCAAUGCAACUUCUGUCUCCUUUGUCUAAGGACCUAUUUCAUAAAGCAAUUUCUGAAAGUGGAACAGCAUUCCUUCCAGGACUAUUCAACAUCAAUCCACAGCCAAUUGCAAAGAUCAUUGCUAAUGCUUCUAACUGUGACACAUUGACCUCUGCUUCCAUGGUUGAGUGUAUGCGGAUGAGAACUGAAGAAGAAAUCCUAAAUGCUACAUUUGCAGUGCAACACGUUGGAGUGCCAGUAGUUGUAGAUGGCAUUUUUUUGACAAAGACACCUGAAGAAGUUCUUCUGGCUAGAGACUUUAGUGAUGUUCCUUAUCUGCUAGGCGUUAACAACCACGAAGGGGGCUGGACAAUUCCUUUUAUGAUGCUUCCACCUGGAUGGCAAGACGGACUGGAUCGAACAACAGUAAAUUAUCUGACAGAAUAUUUCUCAAUGACAGAAGGAGCUGGUAAAGAACUUGCACCAUUAAUACAAGAAGAAUACUACAAAGAUAUAGAAGACCCCAUCAUGUUACGCAAUCUCUUUCUUGAACUGAUAGGGGAUACAUUUAUGGUUGUCCCAACUGUCAGAAUUGCUAACCAUCACAGAGAUGCUGGCAACCCAGUGUAUCUGUAUGAAUUUCAACAUCGCCCUAUUUUUUAUGGAGACAGCAAGCCAGAUUUUGUAAAAAGUGAUCACGGAGAUGAGCUGUGGUUUGUUUGGGGCAGUGCCUUCUCCACUACAGAAAUUAGUCUGCAUGAAAAUACAACAGAAGCUGAAAAGACAUUGAGCAAAACAGUUAUGAAAUAUUGGACCAACUUUGCAUACACAGGAUCUCCCAAUGGUAAAGGACUGCUAGAAUGGCCUGUUUAUGAUUCCAAAGAAGAAUACAUGGAGCUUGAUUUAAAACAACACAUUGCAAGUCACUACAGAGAGAACAGAGUGACAUUUUGGACAAAAACUAUCCCUGAACAGCUGAAGAAAUUAGCAGAACAAUCCAAUGAGCACACUGAAUUGUAAGAUUCUUAAAAUGUUUGGUCAGUAGUUAGUAUCCAUUGUGUCCCAUAGUGCAGAAAAUUAAAACUAAAUCAAACACAUUUUUUCUUUAAAUUCUGAAAAAUAGUAAAGUAAUUAUGUAUUAAUUAACUUAUUUACAUUGUUGUUGAAUGGUUGUCCAAAUGUGCAUAGCUUAUUUUAUUGGGAGAACCAAGGAGAAAAGCUUCACACAGAAUAUGAUAUGCAUGCAUCCAAAUAAACUGCAGAGGACAACACAAGUGUUAAGGUAAAGUCUCAAGGAACACUUAAUUACAUAUCUGAAUAAACAGCAGAAGACUACAGCUUGUUCUAAAAAGAGCACUGCAUAUCUAUAAAUUAUGUAAAUGCAUAUAGCUUUUUAGAGAGUGCUAUGGCAGAAGUCUUAUGCUCUGAAUAAAAGUGCACCUGCAGUACAAUCACUGCGAACUUG